GAAUUACGAUCCAAAUUAACCCAGAUAUGAUUUCAUCGUGGAGAAAACGCAGAGAAGAUAAGAGAGCCGGCAAGAUGAAACAAUCCAUGAAAGAUCAAAUUGAUUUCACCAGAGGAUUGGAACUAGAGCUAACGAAUAUUCCUUCCCAUUUCAAAUGCCCCAUCUCCUUAGACCUAAUGAAAGAUCCAGUAACUCUAUCAACCGGUAUAACAUACGAUCGCGAAAGCAUCGAGACAUGGAUCGAAACCGGACACUCCACAUGUCCUACCACCAAUCAAAUCCUCACCUCAAAGCUCGACCUGGUUCCUAACCAUGUUUUACGUAGAAUGAUCCAGGACUGGUGCCUUGAUAACCGAUCCAACGGUGUUGAACGGAUUCCCACGCCGAGGAUUCCACUCACGUCGGGUGACCUGUCUCAACUGCUCUCCAAACUAGAGACAGCUCGUCGGAGCCUGGACAAGGUUUUGGCCGCGCGAGUUGCGGCCAAGAUCCGAGACCAGGGGAGGGAAAGCGAGAGAAACAAGCUUUUCCUUUCAAGGAGCGGAGCGGGUAGAAUCCUUGCCUUGGCUUUUGACGCUUUCUCGGGAGAAGAAAAGAUGUCGGUUUUGGAGGAGACGUUGAUUUCGGCGUUGGCAAUUACGAUUCCUUUAGAAGACGAGGCUAAGGUUACCUUAGGAUCGACGCGUUCGUUAAACCUAAUCCUCCGGUUCUUAAAGAAUGGGGAUUUUUCGACGAUGAUGAACGCGUUGAUGUUGAUGAAAGAGAUCGUUUCAACGGAUAAUGGAAAGGUGGUAGAAUUCUUGAUGGGUAAUGAGUUAGGUUGCUUAGAAGCUUUGGUGAAGCUAAUCAAAGAGCCAAUAUGUCCAAUAACCACAAAGGCCUCACUAGUGACAAUCUACCAUAUAGUUUCAUCAAAUGAUAAAGCCAAAUCAAGACUUGUGGAGAUGGGUAUGGUUUCCGUGAUCUUAGAAAUGUUGGUGGAAUCCGAUAAGAGUAUAUGCGAGAAGGCGUUGGGAGUUCUUGACGGGAUAUGCGAGAGUGAAGAAGGGAGAAAGAGUUGUGUCGAGAAUGCUUUAACCGUGCCGGUUUUGGUGAAGAAAGUGUUGAGGGUUUCGAAUAUGGCAACAGAAUUUGCGGUUUCGAUUUUGUGGAAGUUGGGGAAGAAGGAGGUAGUGGUAAUUAUUGAAGGACUUCAAGUUGGUGCAUUUCAGAAGCUUCUUUUGUUGUUACAAGUUGGGUGUUGUGAGAAAACAAAGGAGAAGGUGACUGAGUUACUAAAGCUUUUGAACUUGCAUAGAGAAAUGUUAUUAAUGGAGUGUGUUGAUUCAAUGGAUUUUAAGAACAUUAAAAGAACUUUCUAAGUUCUAUAUUUGAAGUUUUG